ACACUUAAGGCCGGCGCCAUCUUUGCGUCCAACUCGCCCACCGCAGCGGGUGGUGGUUGGAGACUCGAACCGCAGCGGCUCCGACAGCUCCCGACGCGGAUCGCUUCGCCCACAUCACGACACACACACCGACGUGCAGCAACAACAACUACUACAACAACAACUACCCACAACAACAACAACAAGAGCCGUAACGUCGCUUGGUGCGAGCUAAGCCGGAGUUGAUUCUUCUACGGCACGAACGUUGCAGGCGGCCGUGGUGGUGGUGGUGCUGGUGGUGUUAGUGGUGGUGCUGUUGUUGUUGUUGUUGCCUCGUGUUCGCCGAGUGGCGAGAGAAGAAGAAGAAGGAGGAAGGGAGGUAGGCGAACCAAGAACCCGGGCGAGUACCGUCGGCGUCUUUGCAACUUUGUUAAAGAGCCAGAAAGCAACUACAGUACAGUCCAUACACCGCCACCAUCACACAACACAACCACACAACUACCACCACAACACUACAUCACACAACACUACAUCAUACAACACUACAUCACACACCACCACCACCACACAACACCACCAUCACACACCACCACCAUCACACAACACAACCACCACACAACACCACCAUCAUACAACACUACAUCAUACAACACUACAUCAUACAACACUACAUCACACAACACUACAUCACACAACACUACAUCACACACCACCACCAUCACACAACACCACCACCACACAACACUACAUCACACACCACUGCCAUCACACAAAGAUCAUCACACACCACCACCACCACCAACAACCACAACCACCACCACCACAGAGCAGUCUCCGAACCAACACAAACGAGGCUGGUAGAUAAAGUAGGGCAGCAGUGGAGAGAGAGCGAGAGAGAAGCUCCACAGAGUGCAACCACCACCACAACCACCACCACAACAACCACAACCACCACCACAACCACCACCACUCAUCAUCACCGCGGUCGAUAGCGCAGAGAGCAGCCUGCACCCAGCACGCCAACAACACCACCACCACCACCGUACGGCGCGAAACAAGUCCCAACAACUCCACCACCAUCACCACCAUCACCACCACCAUCAUCUAUCAGUAGUGUACGAUGGUGAUCUGCGCCAUGGUGGGCUGCAGCAACAGGACGGGCCGUGACCGCAGCGUCUCCUUCUUCAACAUCCCGGCCGUGAUCCAGCACCACUGCGACAAGACGCGCCUCCUGUCGCAGCAGCGGCGCGCUCUGUGGCUCAGCCGCAUCCGCAGGGACGACCUGGGGGAGGACGACGUCAAGGCGCACACACGUGUCUGCAGUGCACACUUCAUACACGGCAAGCCGUCGACUCUGUUCGACUUCACGCAUCCGGACUGGGCUCCUUCCGUGGCGCUGGGCCACGACACUGAGCCGCAGAGUCAAUCGCAGCGUGCCGUCUCCCAAACAAUGGGGAAGAGCAAGCAGAACGUGAAGUUCUACGGGGAGGGAGCCGCGGGAGGUGGAGGGGGCGCAGGGGGUCUGGUGGAGGAGUACGUGGUGGAGAAGGUGCUUGACCGGCGAGUGGUCAAGGGCAAAGUUGAAUACCUGCUCAAGUGGAAGGGCUUCUCACAUGGCGAUAAUACGUGGGAACCCGAGGACCACCUGGACUGCCCGGAGCUCAUCAACCACUACCUGGAUUCGCUGAAGCUCAAGCCGAGAGAUGGUGGUGGCUUUGGAGGAGGAGGAGUAGCAGGAGGCAGCGAGGAGCGGGUGGAGGCGUACAAACGCAAGCCGGCGGUGGCCUUCAACGGCUCGGAGGACGGACGAGCCAAGAAGAAGAAGGAUGACAAGGCGGAUGAGAGGAUCCGAGGCUUUGCGGGAGGACUGGAGGCAGAGCGGAUAGUGGGAGCCACGGACUGCAGCGGAGAACUCAUGUUUCUGAUGAAGUGGAAGGGUUUGGAAGAGACUGAUUUGGUGCCGGCAAAAGAAGCUAACGUGAAAUGUCCUCAGGUGGUGAUCAAGUUUUACGAAGAGCGUGUUACAUGGCACAUGUACCCCGUGGAUGAGGAGGACAAGGAAGAGUCGGCUGAUGCCGCCGUUUGACGAGAAAAAGCGAAGGGUUUUGGGGAGGUGCGGGACAUUGACGCCUGACCGUUUUGGAUUUCUCCUUCUUCGGAGAUAUGCCACGUUACGUUGGGACGAGAUCACGAAAGCUUACUCCGGGGUCAGCCAUGAUGAGUGGGGUGCUGCGGUGGCGAGAUGUUAACUACCUUGCCUGGUAUGCAGGAGGUCGUGGGUUCGAUCCCGACGCCUGCUGCAUAUUAGGAGUUUGCAUGUUCUCCCCAUGGUUCUUUGGCUCUUCCGUUUUUUUCCUCCACAUUUGGAAACAACAUGCAUUGUAGAGUAUUUGGCUGAUAUAAAUUUCCACUUCGUUGAGCGAUCAUUUGUAGCCAGGUCACUUCUGAAAAGAGCUAUAUUGCUCAGUGGGCCUGACUUGGUAAAAUAUAAAAUACUAUACGAAUGUCAGAUUGUUGUGGUAGCUCUGGGCUUCCGCAUUUUGGGGCUUUAAAAGAACGGAAUGGUCGCCAACCCAGCGUUAAUUUACAGAUAGUUUUAACUGAAUUUAAGUUUUUACUGUAAGUUCCAAAACAAAGUUAGUGAUUUUUUUUAAGAAAAAGAAAGUGUUAUUUUUUACUGCUUUCCAAUCCAGCGUGAAACGUUUAUAAGAUGCUGGUCUCAAAAGAUGCGUUGGAUGACAUAAGCGAUGUCAUGGUGUUCCGUGGUUUGCUGACCCCGUUAGUUACUUAAUGAUUCACUGCGCCCCUCCCCUUUGCCCCCGCUCAGCGAUGUGAUAAAUGAUCAGAAUUUGUCGUCGUGAUUCAAUUUAAGAAGGUAUUUAUUUUCUCGUUUUUACCACCAGUAUUUCUUAUUUUUUCUAUCUUUAUUCAUUUGGCUCCACUGUUGUAAAUGUAGCAACUUGCAAUGCCCAUAAAUUGUGUAGCAUUGACUCUUCGCAUGGACAAUGAGUUGUGCACAUCAAAGGAAAAACAUUCAAUUGGCAAAUCGGUGUUGUCACUCACGGAGCUUUGAGACUGUAUAAAUGAGACAGAAGAAGGAAGCUCAUGCAGCACACGUGUCUUCUGUGGUGUUUUGCAAUCAGCCUUUGUCCUAAGGUAGUUUUUAAUUAUCCAUUAUAGCCCUCUGAUCAGUGUACCCUGGUUUUUUUCUGGUACAAGUCCCUGGAUGCAUCACAACAUUUAAAUAAAAUUUUCAUUCAUGUUGGAUGAUUUACAUGACAGUGAUCCCAUAUUACAGACGGAUGAACAAAUGGAUAUAACUAAUAGAUUCAUGCUUUCAAACAAUUUUGGACGAUUUUUUCCAUGAGUCGGAAAGCGUAAAUACGAAUAAGUAAAAAAAAAACGUUUACGAAACGGUAAAAAACAAGACCAAAGGGAACUGCUUCUUGAAUCGAAUUGUGACUGAAUAAUUUGAACUCAUUGAACUUUGCAAGGUGUGGGGGGGGAGGAAUGUUCAAUUGUUCCAUGCCUGUUAGCGUGUUUUUUGUUAAGUUAAUUUGUUACGUUAAAUCUUGACUUAAAGCUUUCGUGGCUGCAGGAAGUAAUAUUCUUUGGGUCUUUCGGUAAAGUCGCGUAGAUAGGUUCAGAUUAAUGCAAAUAAAAUAAACAAAACUACGACGUUUUGAUCGCAACACAAGCGGUCGUCAUCAGACAGGGAGAAAGACGCAAAGAAUUUGUUACGUUUGUUAGGUAUUCGUAAUUUAGAAACGCAGAGGCUGAGAAUUAGCUAAUUCACUUUGUUAUUUGAUGCGACUGUUUUUUUAUCAUUCCAGAAUAUGCCCCCUUUGACCACAGUGCGUUUUUGUCUGCUUUUAAUUUGCUCGGCAGUUAAUCCCUGGAGAGUUUGUAUAGAUAUGUAACGAUUCGUAGAAUAAAACACGUUUAAAGGUCGAUACGUGUGUAAAAUC